AGGCGGUGCGUUUAUUUUUGGUGUUUUAGGGAAACAUUUGAAAUUUCAGUUUUCCAUGAUUAACCGUCUCGAUCACGAACCCCCCCUUUUCCGCAGAUCACUCAAACAAACAAAUUAAAUUUGUGGAUUCAUUUGGAUCUUCAGAUGGCGUUGGUGAAGAUGAUGAUGAUCGCAAUUGCAUUACUAUUCACUUUCACUUUCAGUGUUGCUGCUGAAGAAGCUCUCGUCUCUCGAAUCGCAUUUGGGUCUUGCGCAAAUCAAACCUCUCCACAGCCUAUAUGGGAUGCUAUAGUAGAUUUCAAACCACAGGUUUUCAUUUGGCUUGGGGAUAACAUAUAUGGAGAUAUCAGGCGCCCUUUUAAAUUGUUUGGUAACGAGAGAACUAUAGGCCCAUGGAAGAAUGUUCCUAGGUUUGUUCCCUCUUCAGAGGAUGAAAUGCAAUCCAAAUACAACAUUGCUAAGACAAAUCAUGGUUAUACGCGUCUCCGUCACAUUGCCAAGGUCAUUGGCACUUGGGAUGAUCACGAUUACGGAUUAAAUGAUGCCGGCAAAGAAUUUAAACUCAAAGACACCAACCAAAGGCUUAUGUUGGAUUUCUUGGACGAGCCCCAUGACAGUCCACGUCGCAAGCAGGCUGGAGUUUAUGCAUCUUACACAUUUGGUCCUGAGGGCAGGCGGAUCAAGGUCAUACUUUUGGAUACUAGAUACCACAGAGAUCCCCUGCGCAGUGAUGGAACCAUUUUGGGAGAUGCACAAUGGACUUGGUUAAACAAGGAGUUGAAUGGUCCACCAUCAGAAAUAACAAUAAUUGCUUCAUCUAUUCAGGUUGUGUCAAAUCUUUCAGCUUGUACCGGCCCUUUAUUCUACAUGGAAAGUUGGGGACGCUUUCCAAGAGAAAGGAAACGCCUUUUUAACUUAAUAUCAAAUAGCAAGAGAGAUGGGGUUUUCUUCAUAAGUGGAGAUGUGCAUUUUGGAGAAAUAACACGAUAUGAUUGUGCCACCGCGUAUCCCCUCUAUGACAUCACCUCAAGUGGUCUUACUCAGGCUGUCGAGAAAGUAAUUCCUUCAUUUUUACAUUUUGUGCUGAGAUUUUUGGCAUGGGUGACACCUACUACUAUGAGAGUUAUCAACAACAACACCUGCAAACACAGAUCAUGCACAUACGGACAACCUAAUUUUGGAGCGAUACAAGUAAAUUGGGACGCAAAUCCGGUGAAGUUGAGAUUUGAAGUGAGAGGUGUCAGUGGUGAGGCAGUUAAUAGCGUAACUACUUCAUUGCCAGAGCUUGAAGCUAGCAAGAAACGUAAACCCGAUAUAAUAAAAGGCAAACAACAAUACUGCUCUCUUGAAGUUGACUUACCAUGGCUUGUGAGACAUCGCCUGGCUAUCCUAUUCACCUUUUCAGUAGCCGUGGUGAUUGUUGUGCAGGUAGGAGUUUUGUAUAUGGCGAUAUCACUGAUGGUUAAAUGCCUGCGCAAGUGCAAGCUUGAUUGAGGUUUUUGUGAUGAGAAGAGGAGAUCUGCUUGGCUUGGUAACACGCCUGCUAGUUAAAAGUGAUAUUAUUUUCUUGUGAAAUGUAUUUUCAGAUUAAGGAAGUGUAUAUGUUGAUGGUAAACUUUUGUUUGAGCUUGAAGCCUAUAGUUAGAAAUCCUAAAGCAGUUAGUUA